GUGGUUGGGGAUAGAACAGACAAUAAUUCAGAUGAAGGGAUAGCUGCAACAAGCUUAACCCAAGCAGUGCAGCCAGAUAGAAGCAUCAUUUCACCCCUAAAAGCGAAAGAUCAAGAAGUAGGAACAUCAAAUAAAUUAUUUUCAUAUGAAUCCAAAUUCCAUGGUGACAGUGAAAUUAAAUGUUACAGAGAACAACACUAUGAUCUUUCUGAGGCCAGCUGUUUGACAGGGGAAAGCAGUGUAGAUGAGAACAUAGCUAAAAGAGAGGUGGACAUGAGUUAUGAUGAAGAAGAAAAAUAUAGAGAGAUAAGAACAGAGAGAGAGGUUGAGAAAGAUGAGAUGCAAUCUACAACUUCAGAUCAGUUGUUAUUUUCAAAAGCAAGUUCAACAAAUAUGUUAGAUUUUGUCACUGAAUCUGGACUAAUUCCUGUUGAAACACUGUAUGGGGAAACAGAAACCAACAGCCAGACACACAACCUUCAACAUAACAAUCCAGGGGAAUUUCCAACUGAACUGGAGAUGCAGUCAAAGGAAGGAGUUUGUUCUGAUCAAAUGCUUGACAAAGUAAUCAAAUAUAAAUCUGAGUUUUUAGACACAGAAACCAAGGUUAUUGAGGAGGACAAUGAUGACAUAGAGGAAAAUAUAAAUGCUGGUUCCACAGAAGGUUUUACCAAGGAAGAAUUAAUAAGAAUGGAUGAUGAUAAGGAUGGCAUGCCUACAUUGAUGAAUGAGCAUGAAAUGGCAUCAGUCAUUAUAAAUGUACAAGACUAUGCUUUUCCAGACCAGGCAGCCAUGAUAGUCAAAGAACAUGGUAUUGAGAGUCCUGAUGUAGGAAGUGAUAGCCUAGGUCAUGCUUAUCCUACAAGUGACCCAGUGAAGCUCAUUCCUGAAACUCAAGUCAAAUUAGACAUGCAGGUGUAUAAUGCCACAGCUGUACCUGAUCAGAAGCAAAACAUGUCUGAAGAAUGUCUAGUAAAUCCAACAAACAGAGAAUCAGAAGCUGAGCAAUUUAAAAGCACAUCUCCAAUUGUUUACAUACAGGAAUCAAGACUGGGUCAGGAUGAUGUAGUAGCAGAAAAUGUGAGACUUAGCCCCUCUGAGGAAAAACAGUUUGAUUCAACUGGACUUAUCUCAGGAGGUGACCAGAAAGACAGUUUUAAAACAAUGAAGGAAGCCAUGCAGGUACAAAGCUUAGAAAAAAGUACACCAAUCUCAGAGGAUGGAACACUCAGCUUCACUCCUGAAACAUGUUAUCCUCAGUCCUCAGAGUCACAGAAUUUCAUGGAACCUGAAGCAGAAAAAAUAGAUGAAAAUAUGAUUAAAACUGUUACUGAAAAUGAGAAAACAAAUACUUCACAAGAAUAUAAUGAAACACCUCAGCACAUCUCAACAGGAGUUGUCAACACAAAUCAAGAAUGUAAUGUACUUGACAGAGAGGAUGAAGAAACAGUCAUGGUACAAAAUAUUUGCGGUGGGGUGGAUACCACACAUUUAGUCUUAUCUGAUGUAGCUGAACAGCUGCUUGAUACUGAGGUCUUCAAAAUGCAAAGCAGAUCAGAAGUGGCUGAAAGUAUAGUACAAAAUGAACAAGCAACAUGGGACGGACACAGUGAUAGUCAAACCAUAUCACUAGAAGACCCUCAUCAGAAUACUUCUCCCCAUUUGAAAUUAGGACAGUCCAAAUCAUCAGAAUAUACUGAGCUUGUUACUGUUACAAUAAAUACUGAUCACCUCAUGACUUCUGCUGAGCCUAUGGAUGCAGCUGGAGUAGCUCAACAGCCAGGGGCAAACAUCCUACAAGCUACCACUACUCCUAUUCAAGAAGAAGCCCAUACACUGAAUAGCACAAACAGUAGCAGAGAUAAAAUGGGAUCAAUAUGCAGGGCUCUGGGAGAAAAAGAUGAAGAGGAGGAUAUGUAUGGAGAGGAGCAAGAUGUGGCUUUUAGAGGUAGAGCUAUGUUAUUAAGCCCAGAAAAUGGAGUUAGUAAGGAGGAGAAAAAUGAUAAAAGAGAAGAGAUAAAUGCUGGUCUGACAGAAAAUAGUACAGUGGAAGACCUAGCAAAAUGCUCACAACAAUAUAUGUAUUCUGAAUUAUCCUCUCAAACUACUAUUGAACAUCCAUCACCUGCAACAGAGCAUCCAGAUAUCAAGGAAGAUGAUGGAAAUAGCAUAGAGAAUGUGGAAAAUAGAAGUGCAGAAAUCCAUCUGCAAACUCAAACUAAGAAAAAGAAGAAAUUUGGAUCAACACGGAGAUCGCAUGGAAGACACCAACCAAAUGCUGAAGGAGAAGAAGGAGAACUGAAAGAUCUGGAAAAUACACCAGAAAAUGGACAUCAAAUCAUAACUAAAGCUGCCACUUCAAACCUGCUCACUGAACCACAGAAUGCUAUGAGUGAGGGGUCACUUGACAUCCAUGAUUCACCAGAGACAGAUGAACAAAAACAGAUGACUAAAUCAGAAGUUGAAUUCGUGUCUGAAGUGAUUGAUGCACCACCUGCCAUAUUAUCAAAUGAAGUUGAUCUGAUUCACAGUGUGGUCUCUGAUGAUGUUAGCAAUGCAGAAGGACUGACCGAUAUGAUGGCGCAAAAUGAGGCUGAGCCCAUAAACAUAAAAGAAAAAGAAAACAUGCAGGAACAAAACAUGGACCAAAAAGGCACCAACAGUGAGGAUAUUGAGGAAGAGAUUCCUGAUGCAAAGGAAGAAAUAAAUACUGGUUCUAUAGAAAAGUUUACUACCACAGAGGACAUUACAACAGUAUGCUCACAUCAAUAUAUGUAUUCUGAAUUAUCCUCUCAAACUACUAUUGAACAUCCAUCACCUGCAACAGAGCAUCCAGAUAUCAAGGAAGAUGAUGGAAAUAGCAUAGAGAAUGUGGAAAAUAGAAAUGCAGAAAUCCAUCUGCAAACUCAAACUAAGAAAAAGAAGAAAUUUGGAUCAACACGGAGAUUGCAUGGAAGACACCAACCACAUGCUGAAGGAGAGGAAGGAGAAUGGAAAGAUCUGGAAAAUACACAAGAAAUUGGAAAUCAAAUCACAACUGAAGCUGCCACUUCAAACCUGCUCACUGACCCACAGAAUGCUAUGAGUGAAGGGUCACAUAAUGUCCAUGAUUCACCAGAGACAGAUGAACAAAAACAAAAGAUUAAAUCAGAAGUUGAAUUCAUUUCUGGAGUGAUUGAUGCACCACCUGCCAUAUUAUCAAAUGAAGUUGAUCUUAUUCACAGUGUGGUCUCUGAUGAUGUAAGCAAUGCAGAAGGACUGACCAAUAUGAUAGAGCAAAAUGAGACUGAGCCUAUAAACAUAAAAGAAAAAGAAAACAUGCAGGAACAAAACAUGGACCAAAAAGGUACCAACAGUGAGGAUAUUGAGGAAGAGAUUCAUGAUACAAAGGAAGAAAUAAAUACUGGUCCUACAGAAAAGUUUACUACCACAGAGGACAUUGCAACCGUAUGCUCACUACAAUAUAUGUAUUCUGAAUUAUCCUCUCAAACUACUCGUGAACAUCCAUCACCUACAACAGAGCAUCCUGAUAUCAAGGAAGAUGAUGGAAAUAGCAUAGAGAAUGUGGAAAAUAGAAAUGCAGAAAUCCAUCUGCAAACUCAAACUAAGAAAAAGAAGAAAUUUGGAUCAACACGGAGACUGCAUGGAAGACACCAACCAAAUGCUGAAGGAGAAGGGAAAGACCUGGAAAAUACACCAGAAAGUGGACAUCAAAUCAUAACUAAAGCUGCCACUUCAAGCCUGCUCACUGAAUCACAGAAUGCUAUGAAUGAGGGGUCACUUGACAUCCAUGAUUCACCAGAGACAGAUGAACAAAAACAGAUGACUAAAUCAGAAGUUGAAUUCGUGUCUGCAGUGAUUGAUGCACUACCUGCCAUAUUAUCAAAUGAAUUGGAUCAGGUUCAUAGUGUUGUCUCUGAUGAUAUAAGCAAUGCAGAAGGACUGACCGAUAUGAUAGAGCAAAAUGAGGUCGAGCCCAUAAACAUAAAAGAAAAAGAAAACAUGCAGGAACAAAACAUGGACCAAAAAGGUACCAACACUGAGGUAACUGAUGAAGGGAUUAAUGAUACAAAGGAAGAAAUAAAUGCUGGUCCUACAGAAAAGUAUACUACCACAGAUGACAUUACAACAGUAUGUUCUCAACAAUAUACACUUUGUGAGUUAUCCUCUCAAGCUACUGAUCUGGGUUUAACUACAAUCGAACAUCCGUCACCUGCAACAGAGCAUUCUGAUUUCAAGGAAGAUGAUGGAGAUAGCAUAGAGAAUGUGGAAAAUAGAAAUGCAGAAAUCCAUCUGCAAACUCAAACUAAGAAAAAGAAGUUUGGAUCAACACGGAGACUGCAUGGAAGACAUCAACCACAUACUGAAGGAGAAGAAGGAGAACUGAAAGAUCUGGAAAAUACACCAGAAAGUGGACAUCAAAUCAUAACUAAAGCUGCCACUUCAAACCUGCUCACUGAACCACAGAAUGCUAUGAGUGAGGGGUCACUUGACAUCCAUGAUUCACCAGAGACAGAUGAACAAAAACAAACGAUUAAAUCAGAAGUUGAAUUCGUGUCUGAAGUGACUGAUGCACCACCUGCCAUAUUAUCAAAUGAAGUUGAUCUGAUUCACAGUGUGGUCUCUGAUGAUGAUAGCAAUGCAGAAGGACUGACCGAUAUGAUGGCACAAAAUGAGGCUGAGCCCAUAAACAUAAAAGAAAAAGAAAACAUGCAGGAACAAAACAUGGACCAAAAAGGCACCAACAGUGAGGAUAUUGAGGAAGAGAUUCCUGAUGCAAAGGAAGAAAUAAAUACUGGUUCUACAGAAAAGUUUACUACCACAGAGGACAUUACAACAGUAUGCUCACAUCAAUAUAUGUAUUCUGAAUUAUCCUCUCAAACUACUAUUGAACAUCCCUCACAUGCAACAGAGCAUCCAGAUAUCAAGGAAGAUGAUGGAAAUAGCAUAGAGAAUGUGGAAAAUAGAAGUGCAGAAAUCCAUCUGCAAACUCAAACUAAGAAAAAGAAGAAAUUUGGAUCAACACGGAGAUCACAUGGAAGACACCAACCACAUGCUGAAGGAGAGGAAGGAGAAUGGAAAGAUCCGGAAAAUACACAAGAAAUUGGAAAUCAAAUCACAACUGAAGCUGCCACUUCAAACCUGCUCACUGAACCACAGAAUGCUAUGGGUGAGGGGUCACUUAAUGUCCAUGAUUCACCAGAGACAGAUGAACAAAAACAAAAGAUUAAAUCAGAAGUUGAAUUCGUUUCUGGAGUGAUUGAUGCACCACCUGUCAUAUUAUCAAAUGAAGUUGAUCCGAUUCACAGUGUGGUCUCUGAUGAUGUAAGCAAUGCAGAAGGACUGACCAAUAUGAUACAGCAAAAUGAGACUGAGCCUAUAAACAUAAAAGAAAAAGAAAACAUGCAGGAACAAAACAUGGACCAAAAAGGUACCAACACUGAGGUAACUGAUGAAGGGACUAAUGAUACAAAGAAAGAAAUAAAUGCUGGUCCUACAGAAAAGUUUACUACCACAGAGGACAUUACAACAGUAUGCUCACAACAAUAUACGCUUUGUGAAUUAUCCUCUCAAGCUACUGAUCUGGGUUUAACUACAAUCGAACAUCUGUCACCUGCAACAGAGCAUUCUGAUUUCAAUGAAAAUGAUGGAAAUAGCAUAGAGAAUGUCGAAAACAGAAAUGCAGAAAUCCAUCUGCAAACUCAAACUAAGAAAAAGAAGAAAUUUGGAUCAACACGGAGAUUGCAUGGAAGACACCAACCAAAUGCUGAAGGACAGGAAGGAGAAUGGAAAGAUCUGGAAAAUACACCAGAAAGUGGACAUCAAAUCACAACUGAGGCUGCCACUUCAAACCUGCUCACUGAACCACAGAAUGCUAUGAGUGAGGCGUCACUUGACAUCCAUGAUUCACCAGAGACAGAUGAACAAAAACAGAUGACUAAAUCAGAAGCUGAAUUUGUGUCUGCAGUGAUUGAUGCACCACCUACCAUAUUAUCAAAUGAAGUUGAUCAGGUUCACAGUGUUGUCUCUGAUGAUAUAAGCAAUGCAGAAGGACUGACCGAUAUGAUGGAGCAAAAUGAGGUCGAGCCCAUAAACAUAAAAGAAAAAGAAAACAUGCAGGAACAAAACAUGGACCAAAAAGGUACCAACACUGAGGUAACUGAUGAAGGGACUAAUGAUACAAAGGAAGAAAUAAAUGCUGGUCCUACAGAAAAGUUUACUACCACAGAUGACAUUACAACAGUAUGUUCACAACAAUAUACGCUUUGUGAGUUAUCCUCUCAAGCUACUGAUCCGGGUUUAACUACAAUCGAACAUCCAUCACCUGCAACAGAGCAUUCUGAUUUCAAGGAAGAUGAUGGAAAUAGCAUAGAGAAUGUGGAAAAUAGAAAUGCAGAAAUCCAUCUGCAAACUCAAACUAAGAAAAAGAAGUUUGGAUCAACACGGAGACUGCAUGGAAGACACCAACCACAUGCUGAAGAAGAGAAAGGAGAAUUGAAAGAUCUGGAAAAUACACAAAAAAUACAAGUCAUAGAUCAAACAGCUAGUAUAAACUUGCUUACUGAACCACAGAAUGGUAUAAGUGAGUUGUCACUUGAUAUCCUUGAACCAACCUUGAGCACUGAGCAAGAUAUGGAGUGUACUGAAAAUGAAAGUGCCAGUCAAGUAGCAUAUCCUACCCAUGGUCCAGUGGAAGUAAUUCAUGAGAUACAAGGUAGAUCAGACAUCCCAAAUGUUUAUGAAUAUUGCAACAUGCUGUCUGAAGAACAUCUAGAGAAUCCAGAAAACAGAGAAUCAAAAUCAGAGGAAUGUGAAAGCACAUGCCCAGCUCUUCACAUACAGGAAUUAAAAUUGGCUCCAGACGAUAAGGUAACACAGAAUUCAGGACAUUCAGGAAAUUCUGGGAGAAGGAAGAAGAUAGGUUCAACUCGAAGGAGUCUUAGAGUGAUAAAAGAAAAAGAAAACACCCAGGAAGAAACAACAGAAGAAAGUACACCAACCUCAGAUAAAGAUCAUGCUCAAAAAGGGACAUUCAACAUAACUACCGAAAUAUCUCACCAGUCCAUACAAACACCUUCUGAGCCCUUAAAUAUUGUAGACCCUGAAGCAGAGAAAAUUGGUUCAACUUGCAACAACCUUGAGGAAGGACAGAGUAAACAGGAAGCAUGGCAAAACACUAAAGACACAAACCCAAGAUAUGCUGGAGACAUUGACAGAGAAUAUUUAAAAUUAGUAGAAAAAGAAGUGGUUAACCCUGAUUCUGACAUUUGUGGUGCAAAGACAAGAGUACAAGAGUAUGAACCACAAAUUCACAGGAAACUUGUUCAGUCAGAAGGCUCCCUUCUUAGUGAGAUAGAGUUUUACCUGAAUAAAAGUUUUGAAGGUACCCUAAAAACUACAAUUCUUAACCCUGAUAUAGCAGAACUCUCAGAACCAAUAUCUGAGGAGUCUCUUCAGCUACCAUCAUCUCAAAACCCUCAAAUUGAUAUGCAACCAAGCUCCCCAGCAAGAAGGAGAAAAAUGGGGUCAAAUCGCAAGAUGUCCAGAAACAUGCACGCAAAAAAAAUAUCCAAUGAGGGCAGAGGGUCUGAACAGGAAAAAGAGAAUUUGGAUAAUGCUAAAAAUAGUGAACCUAAAAGAGAGGCAAAGACAGUUAAGGAAUCUGUCAUGACAGAAGGCACAGAAGACAUGAAAGAAUCUGUUGAACUCGUAUCUGAAGUGCAAGUUCUCCCUCGUAUAAAUGAUAGUAGUAAACAAUCCACAGGGCAACCACUUCCAGAAUGUAGGCGAAAGUUUGGGUCCAGACGCUCAGCGAAGGGAAGCAGUGGCCUGGGUGCAUUUACACAUGGGGAUUAUGAGAGCGACCUGAAAAAAACAGAUGUUCAAGUGACUAAUGAUGACUUAAGGGUCUCUGAUGCAUAUUUAACCUCAGAAUCAGAAAGUACACCAAUCUCUCACCCAGUCUCUGAGCCAAGACCAGGAAUUGAAGAGGUUAGAACAACUGUUGUGAAAGAUACAAAUGCACCAUGUGUUGUAAGCACCAGAGGAAGACCUAAGAUAGACUCUGAGCAAUGGAAUGAGCAACUUCCAGAUUUUGGACAAGCAGUGUAUAAUGUUGUGAUGGUGGGAAACAGUAACGUGGGCAAGACAUCCUUCAUAAAACGUUUACAGAGUGGACAUUUCAUCACAGACUACAAUGCUACUAUAGGUGUUGACACCUUUGUCCAGACUGUUACAUUUGGUAGUAGAACUGUUAAACUGUAUGUGUGGGACACUGCAGGUCAGGAAAGGUAUCACAGCAUCACUAGGCAGGUCUUCCACAAGGCCCAGGGGCUUCUGCUGAUGUAUGAUAUCACAUCAUCUCAGAGUUUCCAUGCUGUUCGUGCCUGGAUCUCCCAGGUUCAGGAAAAGGCUUCCCCUGAUGUCAUCUUGAUGCUACUUGGCAACAAAAAUGACUGUGUUAAUCGAGAAGUCCAGCUACAAGAAGGAGAGGAUCUGUCCAAAGAGUACAACAUUCAUUUUAUGGAGUGCAGUGCUGCAACUGGUGAGAAUGUGUCAGAAUCUCUGAAGACUCUAGCGUGGUUAUUGGUGAAACAGAAAGUGAGGAAAGAGGAGGAACAUACAACAUUACAGCCAAAGCCACAAAAUAAGAAGUCGGGUUGCUGUUAAAAAAAAAACAACAACAACAACACACAUGCAAACUCGCACACGUGCCCACACACACACACACACACCUUUACCCAUACACUUUAUGAAAUGCAUGUGUACAAAAUGUGUAAUAAAAGAGAUUAUAGAAUAUUAUAUUAUAGAAUUCCAUUGCCAUUCUUAAUCCAUUUUUGAUAGCGCAUGCAUUAUUUAAUUAACUUCUCUGCUUUGUGCUUUUCCAUUAAACAGAACAAUUCUGAAAAUAGUGGAAAAAGAUGCAGUUUACUCUUUACUGCUACUGUUUCUUUUGGAUUUUCUUCCUGAAUUCAGUGGCAAAUUGGAUUCAAUUCAGGACAGAAAGUCAUCUUAUAACUGCAUUUAGCAAUAAGUCAUGUGAAAUAUUGUGCAUUGUGUUGUAUAAACUUCAUGGUGUUCUUGAAAGGUAUUGGCCAAGAUGGAUUAAAUUAAAACCGGCUUAAAUUAUGCUGAACUGGUUGAAAUUAAGCUAAGGAACAAAAAUAUAAUUUAUCCCAACCUUGGUAUAAGUCACAUAAUUACACAAAGUGCAUCUCUAUAAGGAUAGACCCCAUAAACAGAAAACUGUAAGAAUAAAGCAGCUGAGAAAAAGUACUAAAGCAAUGAAGAAAACCUCUGCUGCCCAUUGGCUGGUCUGGACCCCCGUUACCACUAGAGGGCGGUCAGAGGGAAUCAGAUUAGUCAGGUUCAGCAUAUAACCCAGAGUCCAGCCUAUAUCAGUGUUUGCCACCUGUAAUGUAAACAUCACCAGUAUUUACAGUUUAAGUUUCAGAUCUGAAAUAAAAAAUUAUUUGUCGAAA